AUGGCCUCCCAACCGAUAACCUACAUAGUCGGUAUAUCCGGCCCCUCAUCCAGCGGCAAAACAACCCUAGCCCGCCUCCUCCACCAAAUCUUCUCCGACCUCACCACCGGCCAGGCCAACAAACUACACACAUUCAUAAUCCACGAAGAUGACUUCUACCACCCAGACAACAAAAUCCCCUACAUGACCCUCCCAUCCGGCGCCAAAAUCCAAGACUGGGACACACCCACCGCAAUAAACACAACCGCCCUCUCAAACUCCCUCACCCACGUCCAAAAAACAGGCCACCUGCCCCCGACCCAAUCGAGCAAAGAAGACCAAAACACAUCAGGCCCGCCCGUCGUCCCAGAAUCCCUCAUCGCGGAACUGCGCUCGCUGGUCCAGACCCGAUUAUCCUCGACCUCGACCUCGACCGCGUCAACACCUUCCUCAAUCGCUUUUCUGGAGGGAUUUCUCCUCUUCGCGCCGCCGGUAGAUCAGCCCGGGAAAUGGGCUGAUUCGCACCCCUCACGACCUAUCCAUGAGAAAAUUCAUCUAUCGCUUUUCUUGCCUGCGGUCUAUAGUGCUGUGAAGGUGAGGAGGGAAGGGAGGGAUGGGUAUGUUACCAUUGGCGAACAACCUGCUCCGGGACCGGGGAAUUUAUCCUCGACUGAAUCUGAAUCUGGGUCUUUACCUGUUGAGAAAACGGGUGAGGGUGGGGAUAGUCUUGAUGGCCCUGCUGAGUUGAAUUUCUGGGUCGACCCGCCGGGUUACGUGGAUGAUGUUGUUUGGCCGAGGUAUUUGAAGUAUCAUGACUGGUUGCUUGUUCCGGUUGAUCGGGAUGCGGCUGAGAGGGGGGAUUUGGUGGAGGCUUUUGGUGAGGGGGGAAGUGUUAUACUGAUGUUGGUGUGA